UGGUGCGUUCUAUUUAGAAACAAUAACACUAAACCUUACAUGUAGACUAGACUAGACAUGCAUAGAGAUCAGGUCUACAUUGCUUGACUACGUCAAGACAGGCUUCAUGAUGAGCAGACGUGUUGGUCUGGAGCUGGAGGUGGUGGACCUCACAAUACGGAGUGCUACCGACAGUGAAGAGGAGGAGAUCGUAUUCUCUCGGACAGCGCUACUACCUAAUCAGCCCCUCCCCAGUAUACCCUCUCUUAGGAAGGAGCUCUCUCUCUUCAAUGGUGUCACCUUGAUAGUUGGUGCCAUUAUUGGCUCUGGUAUAUUCUUCACUCCUAAGAUAGUGCUGUACCACACUGGUUCACUUGGUGUGAGCAUGGUGGCCUGGAUGGUUGGGGCACUCAUUGCAUUGGCUGGAUCCCUGUGUUAUAUGGAGCUAGGGCUAUUAGUGCGAUCCAGUGGUGGAGAAUACUCAUUCCUGUUAGAGGGCUACUCGUUCAAUAGAAGGAACAAGGGGACUACAUUACUGGGAGGUUGUAUAGCCUUCCUGUACAUCUGGUGCUCUGUGUUCAUUGUUCGACCAGGUAGCUUUGCCAUCCUCACACUGACAUGUGCUCAUUACCUGGCUCAACCAUUCUUCAUUGACUGCUCUGCUCCCGAGGCUGUUGUUAAACUCAUUGCAUUGGCCAUUGUCAUUUCUGUAGGGGCUGUCAAUGUGUAUAGUGUGAGGCUAACUGCUCAGAUCAUUGCCGUGGUUACGGUGCUCAAGUUGUUUGCAGUCUUAUUCAUUGCUCUCCUCGGGAUAGCCACUCUCAUCAGCAGAAGAUCAUUUCCUGAAGACCCUCACAACUGGUUCACCCCAAGAGAAGGGUUUCAACUAACUGCCUCUAAUCUGGCUCUGGCAUUUUAUGGUGUCCUCUGGUCCUACGAUGGAUGGAGUGUCAUAUUCUUUGCUUUUGAGGAGACAAAAAAUGUAGAAAAGACCCUCCCCCGCUCUCUGUUCAUUGCUGUCCCUAUAGUGGCGCUCUGUUAUCUCCUUGUCAAUAUUUCCUACUUUGGAGUGCUCUCCUACCAACAGAUACUGGCUGGAGAGGCCAUAGCUUUAACAUUUGGCAGUGCUGUGCUGGGUAGAGCUGGACUAGUGCUCUUCCCUCUGAUGGUGGCUCUCUCCACAUGUGGUGCUUCAGUGGGGGGAGUGUACUCUGGCUCCAGAGUGAGCUUUGUGGCUGCCAGGGACGGUAUGCUACCAGCAUUCCUCUCUGGACUACACACCAGCUACCAAACACCACUGCCAGCCAUCAUACUACACGUGUUUGGUGGAUGUGCCCUGAUCUUGAUUGGUGACAUCUCUGAGCUGCUCAACGGACUCAGUGCCGUUAUUUACCUCUUCUAUACUCUCAUCUUCUCCUCCGUGCUUAUAAUGAGGGUCACUCGGAGGAGGGAGCCACGCCCCUUUAAGGCGUGGUUUAUAGUCCCUGUGACGUUGUUUUCUAUUGCGGCAAGUCUGUUCCUGACAUUCCUCCCCCUCCAACAAAAUCCUGUCCCCUCAUUGGUCGCCUUCGGGGUCAUGUUGCUAGGACUACCAGUCUACUUCCUUGUCGUCAUGGAGACACCAUGGCGACUGAGACCACGCCUACUCGACGUCAUUACCAAGAAACUGACCAAGUUCACAGGCAAUCUACUCAACACUCAACUAGCAAAAUGAAUAAUUUUAAUUCAUCAAAAAUCAAUCACAAUUAAUUUUAUGCUGUUUUCAUAUGCAAAUCAUUAUUUUCGACACAAUCAACAAUUUAUUAACAACA